CCCCCCCCCCCCCGGGCCUGUGCUCAGGUGCAGCGGGCGCUGGCGCGCAGCUGCUCCCCAAGCCGUCGAGGGUGGAGGCGGGGAAAGGGCUCUGGCGCCCAACAUCCCCGCCCCCGGCCCAACGGCCAGCCGAGGGGGCGGCUGGGGAUGCCCGGGGCGGGGCGGCCGCUCCCCCGCUGGCUCCCGCCCGCGCCCCGCUUUCCCCGGGAGCAGCAUGGCCGGGAGCGGAGAGAAGGCGCCAGACUCCGGGCGAGGCUUCGUGAUUUUGGAUGACUGGCCAGGGUAUGACUUGAAUUUAUUCACAUACCCUCAGCACUACUAUGGGGAUCUGGAAUACGUGCUCAUACCUCAUGGCAUCAUUGUGGACAGAAUUGAACGCCUGGCCAAGGAUAUCAUGAAGGACAUAGGAUACUGUGACAUUAUGGUCCUAUGUGUGCUUAAAGGAGGUUACAAGUUCUGUGCCGAUCUUGUUGAACACCUGAAAAACAUCAGUCGGAAUUCAGAUAAAUUUGUCUCUAUGAAGGUUGACUUCAUCAGACUGAAGAGUUACAGAAAUGACCAGUCCAUGGGCGAGAUGCAGAUCAUUGGAGGCCAUGACCUGUCAACACUGGCUGGAAAGAAUGUCCUUAUUGUUGAGGAUGUCGUGAGCACAGGGAGGACGAUGAGAGCACUGCUGAGCCGCAUCGAGAAAUACAAGCCCAACAUGAUUAAGGUGGCCAGUUUGCUGGUGAAGAGAACACCUCAGAGCCAUGGCUUUCGACCUGACUAUACUGGAUUUGAGAUCCCAGAUUUAUUUGUGGUGGGCUAUGCCUUAGACUACAAUGAAUAUUUCCGAGAUCUGAAUCACAUAUGUGUGAUCAAUGAACAUGGCAAAGAAAAAUAUCGAGUUUAAAGAAGUAAAUUUUCACCACCAAAGUUCCAGAUUACAAAGUUCCAGCCAACUUACAACUGUGUUUGUCAUCCUGGGAAUCCUCACUCAGCAAAAUAUGAAAGGCAGGGGGACAGUGUCAAUGAAAAUGCUUUCUUUUCGGAGAUUAUCAUAUAAAGAGGAUUCGAGUUUCCGAAGGAAAACAAGAGCAAUGCUUUUAUUUAACUUGUUCCAAUUUAAACAUUCCACUUUGUGACUCACGGGUUCUAUCUGUCUGCCUCAAUCUUACAGGAGACCUCCUUUUGUUUGAUAGUCACUCUGCCUGAUUACUGUACCCCCUCCUAGUUACUCAAUAUUUCUCAGCUUGUCUGUGUACUCCAUUUUGCUAAUAUUUUUACCAUCUUAAAAAACUGGGGGCAGGGGGUGGUGUCUUUUAAGUUAAGCUCGAGAUCCAGAAACUAAUGCAACUACCUUUCCCUGCAGAAAAGGGAGAGAAAGGACAAUCUAAUAUAAAUUUGUUUGUGCGAUCUGGCAGGCCAUCAUUAUCUGCUUUGACAAAGCCUUUCUGAACUGCCUUCUACAAUGAAUCUUAAUGAUGUUAUGAAAUGAGCCCUUGCUGGCAGCUCUUGAUUGGAGCUUCCGGUAUGUGAUAACAGUAUGUCAUGUAUGCAUGGAUGUACUCAACUGUAUUUAAUUCUCUGAAUUUUAAUUAGAAACAAAACAAUGGUAGCAGGGCACUCGCUUCUAAGCUGCAUCCUUUUAUUCAUGUGGGACAUGAGCAAAUGGGAGACUCGAUGGGGGAAGGGGGGCUGUUUUCACAGCUCCAAACUGAGCAAGUGUAAGUUUUCUCUUUAUUUGCAUCAAAGGAUGAGCACUAUCAUGCGCUAUCUGAAACAUUAGCAGAGGUGCAGCUGUUUUGUCAAUGGCCUUAAAGACUGAUCAUAUAAUCAAAUAUAAAUUUUAAAAAAUCAAGCUGACUUCAGAAAGUUUUUUACUAACAUUUUUUAAAAUUCUUACAAUUUUACGAGAUGUUUUCUAUUUUAUAGGGAUUUCCAUUGGAAAUUAACUUGAGUGCUGGUAGCUGUUCUGUUCUCACUUCCUAAAAGGAACAAAUACAAAAUAAAUAACUAAGCAGCCUUUGUUUGGAUCUGAACUGUAUGUGGUGUAUUGUUACUAGGUUCUAGCUUCCUUUAAACUAAUAAAGAAUAAGAAAAUGUGUUAUGUC